AUGGCAACAAAGAAUCAAGCAGCGAUGGACUAUGCGCAUUGGACAGCAAGAUCAUGCUCCCAGAAUGGGAUAGAUUUUCAUGUGGUGGAAACUACCAAGUCUUCGGUCUUCGAUGAAAUACGUAAGGCGAAUGAGAAUCCAAAUGUCCAUGGGAUAAUCUUCUACUAUCCCUGCUUUGGACCAACACCAGGACCGGACGGGUCUUCGGAUGAAGUAAUAAGGGAAAUGAUAUCAGUCAGAAAGGAUGUAGAGGCGCUUUCUCAACCAUACAGGGAAAGGUUGAAAAUGAACAUCAGACUCUUGGAUAGCCCUUGUAUGAGAAGAUGGAGACGAAAGAGCUUGCUUCCUUGUACACCGCUGGCGGUUGUAAAGAUUUUAGAAUACCUCAAGAUUCAUAAUAGAUGCCUACCUAUCGGGUCUCGGAUCAAUAACAAAACAAUAUCAGUCUUUAAUCGGAGCGAAGUGGUCGGGCGGCCUCUAGCCUGCAUGCUGGCCAACGAUGGAGCAACUGUGUUCAGCGUAGACGACAAGGAGACCAUGUUGGUCCAACCAUGCUGUGAAGUGCCAACGGAUCUAGAGUGCGAAGACGUGAUCAAGUUGUCGGAUGUUCUGGUGACAGGAGUUCCAUGCAGCAAGUUUAAACUACCUUGUGACCUCAUUAGACCUGGGGCCACAAUUAUCAACCUUUCGUCCUUCAGCAAUGUGGACGAAGAGAGGUUGUUGCAAGUGCCCAAUGUGAGAUACGUUCCCAAAGUGGGAAAAGUCACAGUGUGCAUGCUCCAGAGAAACCUCCUGAAGCUUAUCUAUAACUUUCAUCUCAACAAAGAUCUCCCAGACAACCAGGACUUGGAAGAUGUUUUAGAUCUAGAGCACAAAAUAGAAAUUCAAUCGAAAAGUGUAAUCCAUUAA